AUGGCUGUUUCUAUCUUUCAGAGGAAGAAGGACCUCGGAUACCUUGUCUUUUUCGUCAUACACCUGCCGGUCAUGCUGGCAUUCGACCUGACAGGCUACUACCCCCUCUCCAUCAAACCCACGUGGAUGGUCACUAUCCGCGAAUGGUACGUCGCCACUUAUGGUGACCGCUUCUUCUACGCCACCCCAACCUGGUUCUCCGUCGUCACUUUCCUCGAACUAAUCUACCAUCUCCCCGUCACCCUCUGGGCUAUUCCCGCUUUGCUGCGCAAUGACCCGCGUGUACCCUUAGUCCUGCUGGUUUUUGCGCUCGAAACGAGUAUAACGACGCUGGUGUGCGUUUCCGAGAUGCUGAGUUGGGAGGAGUUGACUCCGGCGCAGAGGGGGCUGCAGGGGUUGGGCGGUAUGUAUGGUGGGUACUUGGUUGCUGGUAUCUUUAUGAUGCUGGAUUGCUAUGCGAGGUUGGAUCAGAUGAUUGCGAGACAGCAUAAGGGGUUGGAGCCCGUGACUAAGAAGAAGCUGUGA